UGUGAAUGACGUAAUGAGCGUAAAACAAUAUGGCGGCGACUUAAGCGUAUAUCGGUUUGAUCUAUCUAGUUUAUCGCUAUAUAGGUAUGCCUCUCUUGGGGUUCUAGUGUUCUACUACGGUUGGUCCGGAAAGAACAUUUUUUUCGAUCAGAUAAGGGGGUUGUAGGCGUUGCUGAACGCCACCGAAUAUCCUUCGGGUGCUGUUGUUCCCCCCUGCUAACCUCCGGUGACAGCCGGGGAGGCGAGGUGCUAGCGUAACAGACAGGAUGGAUACCGGAGAGUACGUCUCCACCAUGGAGAACAUGGACCCCACUUUAGCGGAAUUAGGGGAUGAAUUCACCUUAGGAGACAUCGACGAGAUGCUGCAGUUUGUCAGCAACCAGGACUUCCCCGACCUGUUUGAAGAUCAGAUGACCACAGCAGGCUCUGUACAGAGCGGCAGCUCCAGCACCGCUCCCCGACCUGCCGUUCAAACCCCUCAAACUCCCACGACACCAGCCCCUGUGGUCUACCAGAGCCCCACCGUUAUCCUCACCCCCUCCCAAACACUGUCUCCCCAGUCUCUGCCCCUCACCCCUCCCCUCACUCCUGCACAGACCCCCUCCCCCACUACGGUCUUGUCAGUACAGCAGCAGGUGACCCGCACCCCUCCGCUCCUCCAGCCCCGGCCUCAGGUGGUCCAGCCCAUCCAGCCUCAGCCCCAACAGACAGCCCAGCCCACCAUCCAGCAGGAAUUUUUCAGCCGGAAUCCUGAUAUUUCAUGGCUGUUCAAACAGAUGCACGCCCAGGGGAUCCCCAUGCAGACCCAGAGCUUCCCGGUCCACACCCUGGUUCAGACCCACAGCCAGGCGGCCCUGCCCAUCCAGACCCAGGCGGCCCAAACUGUGAUGAUUGCCUCCAACGGCGGACAGUCGCGUUUCAUCCAGAGCCCUGUCAUCUGCCACCAGAGCCAUGCUCCUGGCUUCCAAGUCCUCCAACCGCAGAUGCAGAGCAUUAUGACAUCACCACAGCUCCAACCAAUGACCAUACAGCACCAGCGUGUUCUGACCCCAACCUGUCAGACCAUCCAAACUCUCUCAGCGCCCACCACAGUCCAUACUAUGCAACAACAGAUGCAGCAAGUACCUGUUCUGGUCCAACAGCCUCAGAUUCUGAAGACCGAUUCACUGGUUCUUACAACACUCAAACCAGACGGCACGCAAGUCCUGUCUACCAUGCAGAGCCCCGCGGGGAUCACCACCUUGACUACGCCCAUCCAGAACACAGCUCUGCAAGUCCCGACGCUGAUGAGCAGCAACAUCCUGACCACCGUCCCUGUUAUGAUGGGAGGAGGAGACAAGAUGCCAAUCAAGCAGCUACAGCCGGGCUCCUCUCACUGCUCAAACGGAGCCAGAUCAAGCAUGGAGCAAGGCCAGAUGAUGGGAGGAAUGGUAGGCCCGGGGGGAGUGGUGAAGGAGGGUGAGAGGAGGACAACUCACAACAUCAUCGAGAAGAGGUAUCGGUCCUCCAUCAACGACAAGAUCAUAGAGCUCAGAGACCUCGUCAUGGGCAAUGACGCAAAGAUGCACAAGUCAGGAGUGCUGAGGAAGGCCAUUGACUACAUCAAGUACCUGCAACAGGUCAACCACAAACUACGGCAGGAAAACAUGGCCCUCAAGAUGGGCAACCAGAAGAACAAGACAGCGAUUCUGUCUGAAGACGUGGAGCUCAAAGAGGAAAUAGUGAUGAUGUCACCUCCAGCCUCAGACUCUGGUUCUGGUUCCCCUCAGCAGUUCUCUCCUUACUGUGUGGACUCAGAGCCAGGCAGCCCCUUGAUGGAUCACGAUCAGAUGAAGAGUGAGCCAGAUUCUCCCUCCUCGGUUGGAGUGAUGGAUGGUUCUCGACUGCUGCUCUGUGUCCUGACCUUCUUCUGCCUGUCACUAAACCCUCUGCCAUCGUUGUUGGGCUCUGAGGCCUCAGUGAGUCCCGGCCUCUCCGUGGACCACGGGUCAACUAGAACGCUCGUCUGGUUUCCAACACACACGCAGGACUUUGCAUCUUGGCUGCGGUGCCUGUUGCCGUGGGUGAUGGUGUGGGUGCUGAGCGGUGUGGGAGCGGUGUGGGGCUGUGUCAGGGUGCUCUACUUGUGGGAGCCUGUCACACCCCUUCACUCGCCAAAAUCAGUGUCGUUCUGGAGGCAUCGCAAACAAGCCGACCUGCAUCUCAAAAGGGGAGAUUACACAGCAGCAAAGGCCAGUUUAGAAACCUGCCUGUCCGUCUUGACCAGAGCUCUUCCCUCAACCAGUCUGGAACUGGUCUGCUCUCUGUCUUGGAAUCUGAUUCGCUACGUCUUGCAUCGUCCAACUCCUCUGGGUUGGCUGGUUCGUCAGGUUGGGGGAAAGCAUGAGGGGGAGGAGGCUAGGACUAGUGCAAAGGACGCCGCGCUGGUUUACCACCAGCUGAGCCAGCUGCAUCUCACAGAAAAGCUGCCUCAGCGCAGCAGCUUGUGGGCUUUGUCCGUGUCUCUGAGCGCUGUCAACCUCAGCGAGAGCGCCCGAAGCAAGAUGGCCCCUGCCCAGCUCACCCAGAUCUACGUCACCGCAGCAACAGCCCUGCGCAUUCUGCUGGGCCACCACCUCUCCUGUCUGCCUGGUUAUCUGUUGAGUUGUGCAGAGAGUGUGGCCAGCCAAUCAGAGACCAAGCCGAUCCCUGACUGCCUGCGCUGGCUCUUCACCCCAUUGGGUAGACAGUUCUUCCUGAGUUGUGAUUGGUCGUUGAAGUCAGAGAGCAGCGAUGAGGUGUUCACUUCUCAGAGAGACCCAGCUGACCCCAUUGCCCAGCUGCACCGCUGUUUCUGCAGGAAGCUUUUGGAGAGAGCCGUUCACACCCUCAUCCAGCCGCAGAGCGACUCCGAAGCUGGCAAACGCAAGAACGACUCUGGGGAGUUUUCCAGUGCCCUGGAGUUCCUCCAGUUGUUGAACAGCUGUACAGAGGACUCUCCUUCCCCUCCUCCUGCAUUCUCGACUCCUCCCAGUCACACCACCACCCCAGUGGGAGACCCAGUGAGUCGUUGGUGGGCUUUGGUUCUGAAGGCUGCCGUGCAUUGGCUGCAGGGCGACGAUGUCGCAGUGAGGUCACUGUUGGCAGAGGCAGAGCGGAUGCCAAGGGCUCUGCACACUCUUGACCACCCUCUGCCCAAGGCUGUGCUGCAUCUUUGCAAGGCUGUUCAGAUGAGUCUUUCCCAUCUGAAGGGAGAAGGGGCGGUAGCCUGCCUGUCCCACAGCGACAGAGCCAGCAGCUACCUGCGCUCCAGCAACUCGGUGCCCCUCGCCCAGACUGGGAACUGGCUCAACAAGGGAGUGGAGCUCCUGAUCUGUGACCUUCUGCUGACGUUGAGAACCAGUUUAUGGCAGCGGGGAGGCAGCAGUAACGGAGAGCCCGGCCCGGCCCCUGGGUCCCAGUUGGCUGGUUUCCAGAGGGACCUCAGCGCACUCAGAAAGCUCACACAGUGCUACAGACAGGCACAGCACAAGGUGUUUCUCCAUGAGACCACAGUGAGGCUGAUGGCCGGAGCCAGUCCCACAAGGACACACCAGCUGCUGGAGCACAACCUCCGACGCAGGACACACAACUCUUACACAGCCGAAGGUGAGUGUGUCCUGGGUGAGAGGGAGAGGGCUCAUGCCAUCCUCCUGGCCUGCCGCCACCUGCCCAUGCCCCUGCUAACCCCGCCUGGGCAUCGCACCCGCCUGCUGGCCGAGGCCAAGCGCACCCUGGAGCGGGUGGGAGACCGUCGGUCCCUGCAGGACUGUCAGCAGAUCCUGCUGCGCCUCAGCGGGGGCACGACCAUCGCUGCCUCCUGAACACACACACACACACAC